AUGGCGUUCAUUCAAUCCCGUGCUAUCGCUACCACCAAACAAUGCAUGCAAUCGGGGCUAGCCACAAGUGCGCAACUUGUGUUUCAACAGAUGAAUACCACCACAAAAGGCAUAGAACGGUAUGUAGCCUCCCGACGCUUGGAUGCCUCUGCGUUGCUGCGAAUCAAACUGACUGUCCAGUACCAGAUUACAGAGCUUGUGGUUGCCUACCGACAGGCUAGCGGAGAAGAUCCCACAGGACUUGCCAAUGAGAUCGAACGCCUGAGACUCGAGAAUGCCCCCGAACACCCCUACAUUCAACAAUUUGACGAAUUGGCCUGGGAACAUGGAGAAGAGGAGACCACUGAAGAGGACAACGUCAGGGCCAAUGAAGGAGACGAGGAAGAAAGGCGCAACUGGACUGACCCAGACCUAGACAUCCUUUCGGAGACUGUCGCAAGUACAAGCACCACCGGUGACAAUGACGGCAAUCAGCAAAGGAAGCAGAGCAAGAGUGAGAUCCGUGCUGCCAAAAAGGCUGUCAAAGCUGAAAGGUCCCGGGCGAAGGCUGCCAAAAACCAAAGGAGGCAGUCCGUCCCAGUCCGCAGUGAGGAUAUCGAAGCUGUCGCGCGUGUCUUGCAUGGUGAACAUGCUGCAGAAGCUGCUGCCACUCAUCCUCUUGCCACAGAUAAGACAGUCGAGGAUGUGAUCAACAGGAACAGAAGCUUCGUGGCGAGCAUUGAGGCACACAAGAAGCUGCUCCUAUACAGCGUAGCUCGAAAUCGCAAGAUUGGGCGACAAAGGCAGAAGCCCAGCGGCAACGGGGUCAGGCACAAAAGAAGCGAUUCGGAACAGUCUGAGGAGAAGGAUGCUGAGAUGAACGACCUCGUCACUGCCGUUUUGACCAAUCUAGGCAUCGUUCCUGCGCAUAUCAGUCAUGGUGGCGCCGGAUCUGGCUCGAAGAAAGAGAAAGAAAACAAGGGCGCCAUCGAUGCAGGUGCGCCUGUCUCGGCAAUCAUUGUCAAUUUGAAAAAGGAGAUCAAAGAAGAUCUCAAGACAUUCGAACACGAGCAAAGGGAAGUCUGCAUCAGGGCGGGCGGGUUUUGGAGGUACGUGGGCAGCAGAGUGUUUGAAAGAAUGACAAAAAUUGCCCAAGAGGUGGAUUGGAAGACAGGAAGAAAAUUGAAGGAGUAG